UAAAAUAUGGCGAUUGAAGCCUGAAGUUCGUUUUCUUCUUUUGAUUACAGCGAAGAUCUCCACAUACGUAAAGAAAAGUUCCAACCAUGUCACACAGGUAGAGUCCUUAGAUAAUUUUUUUUAAAGUUUGGGCCACAUUCAGGAGUUAUCUUUGGAUUUUGUAUCACAAACAAACUUGUAAGGUCGCAAAUUGCAAAGUACGUUUGUUACGAGUUUUACAGGAGUUGUUUAUAGCUAGAUCCAUGCAGAAGUUCUCAAAACAAAGUUUACGAUCCAUCAAAGAUACGAAAUAGAUCAUAGUAAAGUGAAUGAAAGCUGUCCGUAUUGUUUUUUACUUUUUUGUGAAGAGUUACUCUCGCAAAUUGGCGGACAACUUCUUGAUCUGAGAGUUGCAACUUGGGGAGAACACCUGAGUGUUUUUAAGAAGAAAACCUCAUUUAUUUUCAAUUUUUCUGGUCAGAAUAUUCAUGUAUGCACUAAGGUCAAUUAAAAAUAAAAUUGCGUUUGAUUCUUGUGCUCAUUUUAUUGAUUUAGAUGAAGCAAUUAAAUGAUUGUCUCUAUCUUUUUUGUUCUUGUUCAGUUAUUAUGGAAAACAGUGGGUUGAAUCCCAGGGAGGGAUUCUUGAUCUGCUGGAGGUUGAACUUCCAUCAGAACCGGCCAAACCAGAAAAGGUACCAAGAUUUUCAUAUUUAUCUGAUAUAUUUUUACUGUAUCACAAGUCAAACUAUUUUUUCGAGGUCAAUUGUAGGUGUUGUGUACUUUAGUAAGUAAUAUUUUCAAUAGUCUUAUGCAAACCACAAGGGUGACGACAACAAAAACGUGGUAAAACAAAAUAUUUAGAGAGCACAUAAACACUGGGGUUGUAAAAUGUUGUACAUUUCUUAUGGUGCAUUGCAAAGCAAAACACAAGAAACUAAUAUGGUUUACUCCUCCUGCCCUGAAUGUCAUCAUUAAUUUUUUCUUUUGGAAUUCAUUCAACAGGACCGUAUUGCAGCAUUUCAGAUGUUUGCUGUGAUGUAUAUCAAAUAUAUUCAAAUAUUCAGAAGGAUUGAAGAAUGCUAUGAUCAGGUGAUUUGCACUCACAAAUGUAUGCACACUAUGCUGACCUACAAUUGUGAAAUUUAUAUUUGAUUGACUAUUUUUGAAAUGAGGGAGAGAGAAGGGAGGGAAGGGGGGGAGGGAACUCUUCCUCAGCUUCAAGAUAUCAAUGUGGUAUAGAUUUAUAACAUGCUUUUGUAUAUUUUCUCCUAUCAGGUGGUUCAUCCCCAAAAGAGACGGGUGUUGCGUCAUUUGCUUGAUGGUAUCAUGGGAAGGUAACAGAAAGAGUUAUUCAGUCUUGCAAUACCUUACUAGACAUUCACCAUCUGGAGAUGUCAGGUUUAGUGUUAUUUUGUACCAGUAUCCUUGGUAUUUUUGUUUGUUUAAAAUGAUCUUGGUAAUAUUUGUAGACAAACUUGUUUGAGGAAAAAACAAGAAAAGGCGAACCACAGCACUUUAUAUGCUUUUAAUCGUCUGACAGUUCUUUUUCUUUUUCAUUACAAGUAAAAAGUGGUAACUGCACUUUGUGCAAAUUCAGAAUGAUUGGAGAACUCAGUUCCCAGCCCCAGACUUUCGAUAAUAAUAAUAAUAAUGAUUUUCAUUCAAACGUUUAUUUUACUGCAGGAUUCUUGAGUUAAAGAAUGAAAUGGUACUGCUUGAAUUCUCAGAGUAUCACUACUUUGAUGAUGUGCUGUCAGAUCUGAAACUUACACCUGUAAGUAUUGGCUGCAGCUGAUCAUUACUGACAGUAUCACAGUCUUAAAAUGAUUUAAGUUGUAAACCAGAACAAAGUAUAUGUUGGAAUUUUAAUGGUAAAGCUAAAUUUUACAUUGAGCCAAUGGCCAUGCAGGCCUGACAAGCACUCAACCAUUUUUGUGAUCACAAUAACAAAUUGAAAAUACUGUUGAUAUUAAAGUUAGUUUUGCACUCCCUGAGGUGAAGACUGUACUCAAGCCAAGUAGCCCAUCCAGCCAAUAUGACAGUUUCCAUAAUAUGAGGUAGCUAGGAGUAUUACCACCCCCAUCCCUAGAUGGGAUGCUAAUUCAUUGUAAGGUCCCCCUCCCCCUAAUAUUUCAUCAAGCUUCCCUGACAAUUUCCUGGUACCCAUUUAUAAUCCAGGGCAGCUGUUCGAAGGCCCAAUAGCACUAACCCAAGGUUAAUUGAAAUCCAAUUUUAUUUAUUUCUCUGUUCAAGAGCCUUUUUUAGAUAAUUUUCUCUAUUCUUUUUAGAGCAUCCAAUAAUCAAAUUUUAGACAAAAAGAAUCAAACUGAAUUUUCUUUUAAAGCUUUCAGAUCUGAAAUAAGAUUUCAUACUAUCCCUGGGUUAUCUUAACCCAGCAUUGAACAACCAGGUCUUGAGUGAAGAAAACAGAAUGGGAAUAAAUUGUUUUGCAUGAAAACACAACACAUUGAUGCAACUUGGUCUUGAACCCAGACCUCUAUAGACUCAGAUUCCAGUACACCGACCAUCAGGCCACUACAUCUUCUAUUUGCAGUCCUUAAGACUCCCCAUUAUUAAAAUUCCCACAAUUUUUCCUUCUUUACUUUCAAGGAUGAUAUAGAAAUCCCCAUUCCAAAAUACUUUACAUAUGAGAAUUCCAAAGUUCUGCAAGAAAGAGAAAAAAUGCUGGGCAGCAUCUUGGCAAAAAUGGGUCCUCAGGAAACUACACCAGUAAGUUCAGUCUGUUUAUUUUGAUUUUUUUCAUUUGUAUGUUUUGAAAUUUUCUCUAAUAAAUAUAUAGUAGACACUAGUUUAACUCAAAAUACCAGUAAUCAAUUGAUAAUUACAUGCAAGUAAGUUAAUGCAAGUAAUUGAACCCAUUAACACUCAACGUCUGAUUUUUAAUUCUCUCCCCCAGCUGCUAAGCAUUACCUUGUAAAUUAGUUAUGAGAAUUUGGUGUUAGAUCAGUAUUAUUAACAACUUCUACUUGAUCAUUUUGAGUAUUCUCAUUACCUGUGUGGGGAUAAUGUACAGAUAUUAUAGGGAGAAGUUACUGGUUGAUUACUUCUGGGAGUGAAAGGGUUACAGGCUCAAUUUCAAACAAAAUAAAUUAGCUUCUGUGAAAUCAUAUAUUCAUUAAUAGUCAUUGUGAUAUUUAAAAUUCUCCCUAAAUUGUAUUUUAUCCUUUUUUUUUUCCACAGCAAAAGGAAGAAAUACAGAUGACUCUUGAUGAUGCCAUCAGGCUAAUCCAGGUUUGUUAUUAAACAGUUCUUUUGUUGUGUUAACUUUGUCUUUGCUUAUAAUAAAUUUUUACUGAAAUAUAACAAAUGCACCAAUCACAGCAGACCACCAUGAUACAUAAUGCUGUGCUGGAACCAGUCGACACCAUCGCCUGAAGAAGACUUGCAGUAAGCAGUCCAAACGUCGUGAUCUACAUCUAGUAACUUUGUCGUGAGACAACAGAUCAAGUUUAUAUUAUCAACAUAAAAACACUUGUGUUGCUUUUAUUUUACAAGAAUAAGCAAACAAUGAACCUAAAACCUUCUUCCAGGUGCAUGAGAGGGCUCGGCAAGGAAGACUGAGAGCAAAGUUCAUGAGAGAAAUCAGGUUAGACACAGUUUUUAUUGGAACUUGACCAUUUCCUCAUUCAGUGAAACAUUCUCAAACAAAAUUUUUAAAUAUUGUUAUAUUUUUGUUUCCUUAAAACAAAGCAAAAUUAAAUAAAACAAAAAUUUGAGAAAUGUCAGUGUACUUAAUUAGUCUAUAAAAUCAUGUAUCUGCACUGUGUAACAUUGGUCACCACCAAAUCCUCCUCUGUAAGAUUGCUUUCCACUGGUCAAGGUUCAAUUCCCAAUCCUAGCAUCACACUGCAAGCAGGUUGAUAAAGUUUGUUGUUGUUUCUUGUCCUUACUCCCAAGGGUUUUUCACUGACUUCUGCUGUUCUUAACCUUCCUCAAAAAUCAACACUCCAAAUUUUGAUUUGACAUGGAAACACAAGAUGAGAAAAGCCACCUCUCAGAUGUCAACUCAUCUGAUUAAUAAAAUUUAAUUGCUGAGUUACAUUCUGAUUUAGACAACAAGAAGAGAGAGAAUGUCAGGCACAACUACGAGGAGCACCAACUAUGGAUCCUGACAUUGCAGCUACAAAAAUUCAAAAGGUUAUUAACUGAAGAGUUGAAAGUUAAUUGCAUUUAAUUUAAUGUAGUUUUACGCUUUUACAAAGGGAGAAGUUACAUGUUAAUCACUUUUGGGAGUUAAAGGGUCAACACAAUUCAGUGAGAAGUUAUCAUUUGCUGUAAACUAAUGAUUAUUCCUGACAGAACAUUCAGCUGCUUGAAUUUUCUCUUUACAUCUUAACAUCAGUGGGUUGGUUAUUUACAUGAGGUCUAACCUAAAUCACGGUUUUAUGCAUGCAGUGGGCCACAGGGUAUCUCUAUAAUAGGGUUGAUUUGAGAAAUAAAUUUCCAUCCACUGUUAGCCUUCAGCCCUAUAGACACUGUUCACAAAAAUAAAUGUUCAGAUAAAAGGUUCAAUGAAAUUGCAGAUAGUUUAGAACUCGGUUUUGUUAAACAACAGCUAAGCUUUCUGCAAAUAAUCAGCCCAGUGUGUUUAUUCUCUUUUCUGUUCGCCGUACCUUUCCAAGGCUGUUGACAAUAAGAAUUUGUUCAACGAUCAAGAGUUUCUUUAGUUGAUGAUCAUUUCCUUUAUUCUCAUAACCUUAAUGUUUGAUCCAGGGUUGAUACUGUUAGGAGAAAUAAGGUGUUAUUCACUCUAAGGGAUCAAAGGGAUAUAACAGUCUGUUAGAUCGUGGUGCUGUAAUUGUGAUUUUGUGAUUUUGAGAUGAUCCCAUAAUUAUUGCUAUGGUCUGUUUUGUAAAACCUUGAUGGCUUUCCUGCAGAAGACUCUAGAUCUGCUUAAUAAUAUCUUUAAUGUAACUCUCAUAAUAUCCAGGUUUGGAAAGGUUACUCACAAAGAAGAAAGACCAAAAAAAUGAGAGAAGAAGAAUUGAUAUUUGUGGGAAUGGUAAGCACCAAAGUUUUGGCACAUCUUACUGCCAGGUCAUGUCUUUGUAAUGACUUAGUCUUCAUGUAAAUAAUUAGAAAAAUGAACAAUACUUUAAAUUUAUUAUCUCAUUGACUCAGUUGAUAGACUAUUCAACCAUGAAAUUGGAACUUCUUCGUCUUAAAUGUCUUUACCUCUGACAAGUAUUCUGACAGUUGUUUAUAAUUUGAUCCUUCUUCAGGCUUCUCCUCCCGAGCCAAAGGAUUGGAAAGACACACCCAUGUAUUCAGCUAAGAAGACAGAGGUAAUUUAAUGAUAAGAAGUGGUGACUGAACAAUAAGAUGUGAAGUACAACAAUGUGAAUACUGUAAGCUCCAAUUUGCUUAAAUUUAUUUUUAAUUGAUGGUUGGCCCUGGUUGAGCCGAAAGCAUUUCAAAUACAUUGUAGUAUCCACCAAUUUUUCUAAACUUGCUUCUAUAAUAAACAUGUAAAACACAUGGUGUUCUUUAUAGGUUGUGGAGAUCAGAGAAUUCUCUGGCUAAACAUCACCUUAUACUUAAAUUUAUUAAAAAACUAAGAUUUGAAAGUGAUGUGCAUGUUAUGCUUUGUACUUAUCAACUAAGUGGGAGGGUUGGACGGGAAAAUAUUUGGUUUGAGGUCAUGGUGUAUGGACCUUGGACAGCAAGGUCUGUGCAUCAUGAUCAAGACACAAAUUUAUUCCUGUCCAGCCCAAAAGGUCAUAUGAUGAUACCUUAUUUACCCAAACUUCUUAAAACUUUAAAACUUGUUUGAAAACUUUAUGGUGAUUAUUUGUUUGCUAUGUUCAGGAUCACAGAAGAGUUGUUCAAGAAGAACAUGAGAGGGAAUAUCAACAAGUAAGGUUGCAUUAUCACAAAAUGGCAAAGAUUUAAAUACAUCAUCAUGUUGAUUUUAUAACUUUCUUUAAAUAAAACUUGAAUUUCUUGACUUCGACUCUUUGUCACUGUGGCUUCAUAAUUGAAGAAGAAUGUGCCAUGCACCCCACAGUACAGAGUGCAGCUACAUUUUGGUGAUUUCUGUCAGUAUUAGACCAUCCAUCUUUAAAUGCAUGCACAACUUGAUUGAGGAGAAAUACAAUUUUUAAUAGCUAUUUUCGCAAAUGAUUUCUUUCCUAGGCACUUGUUUCCAUUAAGGAGAAGAUUCGCGAGAUUGAGGGACCAGAUAUGAAAGAAAACAUGCAAGAUCAGAUUAGGCAAUGGUUUAUUGAAUGCAGGUUGGUCUCCCAACAAACUUACCCUUUUAACUCCCAUGAGUGACCAAGGCAGAGUCUCUCCUCUGCUGGAUAUAAGUAUUAUUCACUCUUUGAACAGCUGUGCACUGGUUUGAACUUUUGUUUGGUAACCCUGUCUCAACUUACAGUUACCUUAGCAUUGCUAAAAAGGGGGCUAUGGACAUAAGAGAUUAUUGUUAACCUCCAGGUUCUCCACCUUCACUUUAAUGUCCAGAAAAGCACAAGAUAAUGAAAAUGGCAGAUUUUACAAAAUCUUAUCAAACCAAGUGAAUGUUCAUGAAUUUGAUGAUUUUGUUGAAUCUUAGUCAAAUUUGUCGAAGCAAAAUCAGUUUCACCAGAUUGAUGAUUUUGACAAAUUUUUAGUCAAAUUUUUCAAGGCAAAAUCAGCUUGGCGGAUUCAAUAAUCUGACAAAUUUUUGCCAUUUUCAUUACAGCAUGCAUUUCUCCACCUUAAAUUGUGAAAGCUUAUCUUUUCUGUUUUGAGAUCAUUCUUGAAAAAUACUUAUUCUUGGGUUAGGAUUCUGUUAACAGUCUGCAUUGUGCUGUUUUUAGUACAUUUUUGUGUGAUAUGAUCUGAGAGUGAAAUGAAUCAUUGGAUGAAAACUAGUGCAGUUUGUUUUGAAUAGUUCAUUUUAUCUCAUUGCUUGAUUUUUUUUUCAGGGACAAGACAGGCAAGUUUCCUGAUUACCCUGAUGAUGAUGAAGGAGGAUCUGCUGCCAUAUUCAAGGAGAAAGAUCCUUUGGAGGUAAUUGCUGCAUCUGGUUUCCUUUAAGGAGUCAAGUGUAAGGAAUGAUGUUGCUAGUGGCUGUGUUUCAUUUACCAGUGAUAUCACCCUUGGAUCACAGAACAGGAUGUUUUUAUAGACUUCAGGAUGUGCCACAAUCAAGGCCUUAGCUUCACUUUGCUAAAUUAUGUAACAUUCUUUUUUUUCCAGAUGGAGAAGGAGGAGGGACAGAAGGUAAAGACAGCACACUUUAUUUAAGUGCUUUUCCUGUAGUGUAGAAUUUUGUGGCAUGAACAGAUAGUCUAGCAGAGGCUAGAAAACAUGUGAAAUUCCGAAAAGUAAUUUUCCCUACCAGGAAAACCCAAGAAGGGUUUUUAACACUCUGUUUUUAGGAAAUGCUUCACUUGUUAAAUGUUUACCAGCAAUUCAAGUUUCAGUGUCAGUAGGAGUUUGAGAUAAGCAUACUUCACUGUAAUUAUGAAACUACUAUAUUUUGCAUUUUUAAAUUGCAUUAGCUUCAGUUUGAGUUUCAAAGUGGAAAUAUAUACUAGCAAAGUCGUGGCAUGGCAUGAGCUUUGACAAUUUUAUAAGUGACUGUAAAUUACAGCAGCUGGAAACACCACAAGUAUCAAGGGAUCGUUCUUGCUCUGAGCCCUCCAAUUGCUCUUGAAAAUGACAAUUGAAAGCUUUUUACCUCAAAAUAGAAUUGUAAUGUUUGUAAAAAUGUAUCUCACAGGAUGAGGAUGGGGGAAAGAAGAAAAAAGGAAAGAAGGGAAAGAAAGAGAAGAAAGAGAAAAAGGAUAAAAAAGACAAAAAAGGAAAGAAAGGCAAAGGAAAAGGAAAGGGAGGAGAUGAGGUGAGAUAAACUGUCACUGACAGUAUUUUGAAAACUAAUUUUAGGUAUUAAAUUUAUGUACUAUGUAGUCAUUGUAAUUAUAAAUAUUUGGGAAUAAACUAUGUUCAGGAAACUUCCCUAUCUUGUGGGAAUAUCUCAAAUACUGACAUUCAGUAAGCUCCAUUGGAUUAACCUUGUAACUCCCAAGAUCUGAUUGUUAAUUCUCCCCUCUAGCUUCUACACAUUUCCUUGUAAGUAAGUUAUGAAAACUUGGUGUUAGAUCAAGGUAACAACUUCUACCUGAUAAGUUUGAGUAUUCUCAUGACCUGUGUGCUGGAUAAUGUUUAGAUAUUAUUGGGAGAAGUUACAUGUUAAUCACUUUUGGGUAUUCAAAGGUUAAUAUGGCUUUUGCUUAUUAUUGUUUCAAAGGAAGAAGAAGAGGGUAUAAAAAUGCAGGUUUCAAACUUUGUUCCAACAGUGAAUGAAGCAGCUGCUACUUACAAAGGUGAGUGCUACAAUUUUGAUUUUUUUUAGGUGUUUGUGUAGGAGUGUCAUUCUUGCCAUGAUCAUCCUCACUACAACAUUUACAACAACCAAUUACUCAUUAGUAUAGGAGACUCACUGGCCACUGUGUAACAGUUACAUCUCCAUAAACCGCAUGCAACCUACAAUUCCUCUAUUGGCUUUAGUGAAGGGCUAACGCUUGAGACAUCAGCUUUAAAAACUCUUUAUGGUGGCAAUAAUUUUCCCUAUCAAAUUAAAUUGCCUCGCAUGACAGACUGGUAAUUUUCUGGUUUAGAUGUGUGGCAGUUCAGAGAUGAGGCCACCAACUUUGAGCAGAAACAUGAUGCAGAGUUAAUCAAGGAGGCUAAAAGGUAAAAGGAAAUGAAAUCCCUUCAGUUCAGGGUGGAUUUCAAUAUUGAGUUUUGUAGAAACUUACUGGAAUUGCACUAUAUGCUUGCCAUUUUACACUUUUUUAACUUAGAUAGGAGGGUUUUAAAACUAUUUUUUUAACAAUUCAUAGUACCUCUGAUCAUGACAACCAUAAAAAUUUGUUUCAGCGGUACUUUGAAAGUAGCAUCACUCAUCUUCUUAACCCUUUAACUCCCAGAGGUAAUUAAAGUAAAAAUUCUCCCUAAAAUAUCCAUAUACUAUCCAGCAAACAAGUAAUGAGAAUAAAGUGACCUAAAGGUAAAAGUUGUCCCGACUAUCACCAAAUUCUCAUAACUUAUUUACAAGGAAAUGUGUAACUGCUAGUGGGGAGAAUUAACAAUCAGAUCUUGGGAGUUGAAGGUUAAUUUAUCAGUUCCAAACAAAUCCAAUGCAGGCAUGUUGAGAUUCAUUUUUUGCCAAAUUUAAAAGCAUCUGUGAAGUAUGUUCACAGCCGUCGAAAAUUAAGGUGGCUCUGAACCUACACCAUACCUCAUGGAAAUUAUAGUGAUCUGACAUUGUUUUUUAAUCAUGUUGUUGAGGUAGCCACAGACUACAGCAGAAAUCAAUUGCUUUCUUUACCAACUUUUUUUAGGAUUGAAGUCGAUGAGGAAAUCCGAAAGCAGGUCGAUGAGCUAAUGCGGCAAGAGCUGAAAAACUUGAAAAUGGUUUGUACUUAAGAGAGACACUUAACUUCAAGGAUAUGGUUAUUGUUGUGAAAAGAAAUAAAUAUUAGCUAAUUAUUUUUGCAAAGAAAAGAACGUCAAGAUGUAAAAAAGGAAUAGGCUUGUGAUAGCAGUUCUGUUUGUUUGAUAUGUACAGGCUGUUGAUAGAGAUAAAGGGGGCAAGAAGGGAAAGAAAGGCAAGAAAAGUGGCAAGAAAAGUGGCAAAAAGGUGAGUAGUCACUGAUUUAUUUUUAUUUUUGGUUAUGCGUCUGUGUUGAGAAUUAUUUGAGCAUUUUUCAACCAAAGCUGAUGAUAUAUUGACGUUGUUUACUUCGUAUUUCUCCAGAAAAAAAAGAAGAGUGGAAAGAAAAGUGGAAAGAAAGGAAAGAAAAAGAAGAAAGAGAAAGAUUUGACCGCUGACAGGUGUGUUUCUUUUUAAAUUCUCGUACACUUUCUUGAUUAUUUUAUACUUUCUAUAUGCCCCUUAUUGAAGUUUAGGUUUUUGGUCAAGGAAAGGUUAAAAAAAAUUGGCUUUUACCUCAAUCAAGUCGCUGGUUUACCUUAAGGAGUUGUAAUCUUGCAAUCAUUCAAUAUUUGCUGCCCAUGUAAUUCCUGAAAAUCCCUCCCCUCCUCGUGACUCUCGACAUAUCAUUCCUCUAUUACUCCACUGUCACACAAUCUCUCUAUCUGUGACUAUUCCUUUGAAGAACUGUGACUUUGAAGUCUUUAUUCUGCUUAUGUCACGCAAUCCUUCGUGACUGCCUGUUGUGACUCCUUUUUUCCCCAACCUUUCCUCCAUAACCCUCCCGACCCAGCUUUGAUGACAUAUCUAUCUUCCAAACCGUAUUUACUUUGGCAUUUUUUAAAAGUUAUCCUUUUAUUUUAUAUGUAUAAAGAACAAUAGAGUCCCUUUAUGAAGAAUUGGUCCACGAAGGAAUUUUAGUAAGACCUCCCAAGAUUAAUCUCAGGGACUUUGCUGGAGAAUACAGGUGGGUAUACUCUGGAAAAAACAGUGGUUGGACUUUGUCAAGCCAUUUUACGCGCCGUCCGUUCGUUUUCGCUUAUUUACGCAUAAUAGGCGCUUGGCAAUGCAAGAUAGAGUCCCGCUUAAAUCACCCAAGAGUGUAUUUCAAAUGAGCGUCGUUAAACUAAAAGCAAAGGAAACUCAUCGGUCAAAGAACAUAGGUGAAUGUGAGAGCAAAUACCUAUUUCAGAGCGCAGUAGAGAAAAGCUGAUCUUGAAUAACUUUCGACACUGAAGUGAAAACAACUCCGCUAAAAUUAGUUACCAUGCAAGCAUGUCUAGGUAUUGACGCACAAUACCAUUUAUGAACUGGAAUCAAGACUGUUAAAUUUCCUCUUCUAGUUACCUUGGAACAACUCUCCGUCAGGCUAACAUUGAGCCCAUGCCUUCAUUGUCUGAUGUAAGACGAGUCAUUACCGAGUUUGCCAUACUUCCCUUAGGUAGGUGACUGGGCAACUCAACUUAAGUAUUAUUUAGGAACGUAGUGAGUAGUUUGAACAUACAAACAAACACAAUUUUGCCCAUGAAGUGAAUGGUUUUAAAAUGAGCAGACGUGAAUUAACUUUAACUGACUUUAGACUCUUAUUGUUCUGUAUUUCAAUAAAAAUUUGUUUGUCUCUGUAACUUUCGAAGUCUUUCUAUGUAGCAGCUACUGAUAAUUUCUGUUCUAAUUGCAAAAUUCUUAUCUUAAAUUCGAGGCGAAAAAGGUCGGGAAGAUAUACAUUGUAACAAUUGAUCUUUUUUUUUUUUAAAUUUGCAGGAUCUCAAGCUGUGCAUGAAAAAGCCCCUUUAGUUAAGUCAGUUCUGAUUGCGGGCCCGCGUGGAGUUGGGAAGAAAAUGUUGGUGCAUUGUAUCUGUACGGAGACUGGGGCCAAUAUGUUCGACUUAACCGCUGCGAAUAUCGCGGGAAAAUACCCAGGAAAGGCUGGAUUGGCCAUGAUGCUUCACAUGGUGUUUAAGGUAGCAAAUGCCAUCCUUUCAAAGACACAUGACGCUGUCAUCAAUCAUGCUCUAAACUUCCUCAUAUUUUUUAUUUAUUUCGUUCGUUUUGAAGUUUUCAGAUGCCUCUUUUUUUGUCAGCUUUGUUGGAGAUCGCAAAAAAUCUUCGAAUAGGCUUCAGAAAAUGACUUAGUUUCCUCUGCUCUUUGGGGUCUGUCCCCUCCCUCCAAGAGAGGGACCGGGAGAGGGGAGGGGGGUUUUGGCCCCCCUUCCAGGAGAGAGAAAAAGAGAGAAGAGGAGACACACGGGCUAUUUACCGUACGGCGGCUGAUAUUCGAACCUAUAGUAAGAGGGCGCCCCUCUCUUAACAAUUUGUUUCUUUCCGCUUUGUUCUGUAUCAGGUUGCCCGGCAGCUUCAACCCUCAGUCGUGUACGUUGGAGAUGCCGAGAGAACAUUUGUUAAGAAGGUUCCCAAGACUGACAAGGUAACGAAGCCAUUCGAGCAAUAUCCCACUAUAGCCUUUGCUUGUCGUAUUCUGGCGACAUUCAUCACGCUUUCUCGUCAGAUGAAUUGAGAAUCUUCGUAAAGUUCAGAGACCCUCAUCGCUAGUCAACGUGAAAGGUGCGCAAAGAUAAAACGCGAAGGUUGAGCGUGAUAUCCUCUACGUGUUAUCGUGAUAUAUAUCACGCUUUCUCGUGAGAUGGAUUGAGGACCUUUAUAAGGUUCAGAGACCCUCCUCCUCGCUAGUCAAUGUGAGAGCUGCGCAGAGAUAAAAACGCAAAGUAGUCAGGGGAAGAGGGGGGACGCCAAACAUUGACGACCUCGUCUUAACCAUAUUCGUUCGCGUUCUCUCUUUUAGAGUGACCCCAAGAGACUUAAAAAGGACCUGCCUAAGAUUUUGAAAACCCUCAAAGGAGAGGAUCGAGUGCUGAUUGUUGGAACCUCGCGAAUGCCCUUUGGUAUCCUUUUCACUUAGUUGUUUUAGACGUAUAGGCCAAAGCCUGUCAUAAAAUUGAGGAUUUAACAUCGUUAAUUCAUCUGUCUUGAUGUUGUGUUUCUUAACUGUUAAAAGACGGCGAAAUCAAACCAUUUUGUGGAUUAUACCAAAAGAUUUUGCUGAUACCAAGACCUGACUAUGCUUCGAGGUUCUGUAAGUAUAACAUACUUCUUUCUAAAUCAUGUUCCAAUAUAAGAAUGAAAACCACCAUAGUUUGUCAUUUUUUAUUGCUAAUCAAACACGAAACGUAACUAUAUUAAAUAGCAAAAUAACAUGAAAAAUGAACGAAAAUUGACAGUUUGCACUUGCUGUUUAUUUAUUUAUUUUUUUAUUCUUAGUGCUCUGGAAAAUGCUGAUCUCACGAUGUGGUGGACGCGUGACUGAAGCGAUAGAUGUAAGUUCGCUGGCCAAGAUUACCGACGGCUACACUCCAGGUCACAUGGUACAAGCAAUUCAACAAAUUCUGACGGAAAGACGCAUUCAACAGGUGUGUGAGAUCGUGUGUGUGAUUUUGCGUUAUGCCCUGUAAUUUUAGUCUCCUAUUCAGCCACUGUUUGGUCUUGUCACGCAACGCCCCCACCCUUUUCCCCGCCAACGGAAGAGAGGGCGUUGCGUGACGAGACCAAAUAGUGCCUGCGAAGGCGUUAACUAUAUUCGCUUUAACAGAAACAUAUACACUGUGCAUUUCUAUGGUCCGAAUCAUUAACGUUUUUUUUUUUUCGGUAAUGUAGCUUUCAAAAAGACCCUUGUCAGCUGUGGAGUUUGUGGCGCCUUUGGCUCGAAUUGACCCGAUUUAUAAAGAAGAGGAGGAAGCCUUCAAGGUAAGGUUUGCGCACAAGCUUGUCGUAUCCAGAACCCCCCUCCUCCCCCUUUGCGCACAAGCUUUUCGUAUCCAGUACCCCCCCCCCUUCCCCCUUCCCCUUUGCGCACAAGCUUUUCGUAUCCAGGACCCCCCCUCCCCCCUUUGCGCACAAGCUUUUCGUAUCCAGUACCCCCCUCCCCCACUUUGCGCACAAGCUUUUCGUAUCUAGUACCCCCACCUCCCCUUUGCGCAUAAGCUUUUCGUAUCCAGUGCCCCCCUCCCCCCUUUGCGCACAAGCUUUCGUAUCAAGACGGGAGUACCCUCUUGUUGACAGGCUCUUAGUAAAAUUGAUUUAAUUUAAUAAUAAAGCCUGGUGCGGGAAAGGGUAUUCAGAAUGGAGACAAUCAAAACGCAGUUUAUUUACUCGGAAAUUUCCUCCUAGACAUGGUACGGGAAGACACCGCUGGGAAAGAAACGAGCGAAGGCUGCUGCAGGAGACGACGAAGGGGAUAAAAAAGGAAAGAAGGGAGGGAAAAAGGGUGGAAAGAAAAAGAAGAAAUAAUAAGAAAAGAACAGAACAAAUCAGUUACGACGUGGAAAGACCAAAAAGUUUCUGAGGUCGAGUGUUUUAUACGUACUGUUGUAAAUAAAUCUGAGCCUGCUGUUGGGAAGAGUGUAAAUAGAAAAGAUACAAACGAAUUAAACAAAUUUUUUCGAGUGUAUUGGGUGAUAUAUAGCCUCCUGGAUCAUUCCCUUUUCUCUGUGAACGGAUAUAGAUACCAGAAUACGAGUUGACUCAGUGCAUUUGCUCCCUCUCAAAGAUAUCAAACUUCUCCAGUGCAACGAGGCGCUCAUGAAAGCCUCUGAUAUAUUACAUCAAACACGAGGAAGUGUUUCAUCCGAUAUCUAAACACAGAGAAGUGGUUGAAAAAUCGAGGCGCAGCGGAUGAAACACCCUCUCCAAUGUUUGAUAUAGCUCCUCAAACCAUUCAUAAUUCUUGGAGAAAAUCAAAUUUUAUGAUAAUUAAGAUCACAUAUCCAAACCUCCUUCACGGUUGUAAUUUCCUUUGUUUUCUCAGCAUGAAUUAUUAA